CACUGUGUAACUCAUCAUGUACAAGACUAUUAAAAACGAAAUGAGAGUAGCUAUUAUUGGUGGUGGAAUUGUCGGAUUAACGACAGCUGGAUUUGUACAAGCAGGGUAUUUUCGUAAUGCUGACAUAACGGUUUUGGCUUCGGAUUUUGAUGAUACUGUCAGUCAUGUAGCUGCGGGAAUCUUUAGAGUCGGUGCUUCAUUCUGCGGCCCUAAAGAGACAGUAACAAGACAAUGGAUAAAAGAUUCUUACGAAUUUUACGAUGCUGUUCGAAAAAUGGAUGAUGCCUCUUAUGCUGGAGUGACUGAUAUUUCUGGAUAUAUAUUCGCGAAUUCAUCUCAAGACACCGUUAGAAAUCAUUGGCUUGAAAGCGUGGUGCCAGUAUAUAGAAGAGCGAACGAGGAAGAAUUUGAACUGGUAAAUGGUAGUUGGAAGUACGGAUCAUACUUCUCGACACUCCUUACACAAAGCAAUUUGUAUCUUCCGUGGGCUAAACGUCGAUUGCAGUUAAAUGGAAUUACAUUUAAGCAAAGAGAAUUGAAUUCUUUUAAAGAAUUGACAAAUGACUACGAUAUCGUAAUAAAUUGCACUGGACUUGGAGCGCGCAAAUUAUGCUCUGACAGACGUCUUGUUUCUCUUCGUGGUCAAGUACUCAAAGUAAAAGCUCCAUGGAUGAAAAUGUUCUUUUAUGGCGAGCUUGAUACUUAUAUCAUACCAGGUUUCAAUGGUAUAGUUACUUUAGGUGGAUCGAGGAACUUUGAUUCUGAAAAUAUAAAAUUGUGUCCACACGAAUCCGCAGCAAUUCGUGAAAGAUGCGAGACGCUAAUCCCGUCCUUGAAAAAUGCCGAAAUUCUGCGACAGGAAGUCGGUCUGCGACCGCAUCGGGAUGGUGGUGUUAGAGUUGGGGAUGGGAGUCGUAUUAGUAAUCAUUCUAAAGCUAUAAUUAUACACAAUUAUGGACAUGGUGGUUACGGAGUUUGUAUGGCACCUGGAACUUCUAUAACGGCUGUGAACGCAGCCGUCGAACUUCAUAAAUCUACCAGCUCUAAAAUAUAAUAUUAUUUACAUAACAUUUUUUCCUAUUAUAUACACUACGCAUAACAAUUAGGGAAUUAUUUAAAAAUCUGCAAAUUUUGCUGAUCUUAAGAGGUUGUAUCUCAUAUGUAGUAUCCAAAUUCUUGCAAAAUAUAAGGUUCGUUUUGAAAUCUGUUAACUCAGCUUCUACGAAUGCUACAGUAAUAUUCGUGGUGUCAUUCGCUGGAAGCUAAAAUACAGCCUUUUAUGGAUCGGCAAAAUGUUUUAAAGUGAUCCUCUUGUUGUCCGUAAUGUGUAUUAUUGUAUUACAAAAAAUAUUGCUGAAAAAAACCUUUUUCUAUCUGAGCAUCCUUUAUUAAUAAGCUUACAUAAAUUCUAAUAGUACAUAGUAUCAUUUGCUGGUCAAUGAAUCAUAAAUAAAACUUGUA